CAAGAUGGCGGCGGUGGUUCAGAAUGUGGUCAAGCUGCUGGGCGAGCAGUACUACCGGGACGCCAUGGAGCAGUGCCACAGCUACAACGCGCGGCUCUGCGCCGAGCGCAGCGUGCGCCUGCCCUUCCUGGACUCCCAGACCGGCGUGGCCCAGAGCAACUGCUACAUCUGGAUGGAGAAACGGCACCGUGGGCCCGGUUUGGCAGCCGGGCAGCUCUACUCGUACCCGGCGCGGCGCUGGCGUAAGAAACGCCGCGCCCACCCCCCGGAGGACCCCCGGCUCUCCUUCCCCUCCAUCAAACCCGACACGGAGCAGGCUCUGAAGAAGGAAGGGCUCCUGGCCCAGGAUGGGAGCAGCCUCGAGGCUCUGCUCAGGACAGAUUCCCUGGAAAAACGAUCCCUGCCCGACCCCAGGAUGGACGACGACAGCCUGGGGGAAUUCCCGGUCACCAACAGCCGCGCCAGGAAGCGGAUCCUGGAGCCGGAAGAUUUCCUGGACGAUUUGGACGACGAGGAUUACGAGGAGGACACGCCCAAGAGGAGGGGGAAGGGCAAGGCCAAGGGAAAAGGCGUCGGGGGGGCUCGGAAGAAGCUGGACGCCGCCAUCCUGGAGGACAGGGACAAACCCUACGCGUGUGACAACAGUUACAAACAAAAGCAUUCCUUGAAACCUCCCGACCGAGUCUGCGGGAAGCGCUACAAGAACCGCCCGGGGCUGAGCUAUCACUACGCCCAUUCCCACCUGGCCGAGGAGGAGGGAGAUGACAAGGACGACUCCCAGCCCCCCACUCCCGUCUCCCAGCGCUCCGAGGAGCAGAAAUCCAAGAAGGGUCCGGACGGGCUGGCCCUUCCCAACAAUUACUGCGACUUCUGCCUGGGCGAUUCCAAGAUCAACAAGAAGACGGGACAGCCCGAGGAGCUCGUGUCCUGCUCCGACUGCGGCCGCUCCGGUCACCCGUCCUGCCUGCAGUUCACCCCGGUGAUGAUGGCAGCAGUGAAGACGUACCGCUGGCAGUGCAUCGAGUGCAAGUGCUGCAACAUCUGCGGCACCUCCGAGAACGACGACCAGCUGCUGUUCUGUGACGACUGCGACCGUGGCUACCACAUGUACUGCCUGAGCCCGCCCAUGGCCGAGCCCCCCGAGGGGAGCUGGAGCUGCCACCUCUGCCUGGACCUGCUCAAGGAGAAGGCGUCGAUCUACCAGAACCAGAACAGCUCCUGAUCCUGCUCUUCCUCCUCCUCCUCCUCCUCCUCCUCACCCCUCAACUCUGGGCCUUUCAUUUCCCUUUGCUCUGCAUCAUUUUCACUCCUUUUUUGUUUGGUUUUUUUUUCUUUUCCUUUCAUUUUCCCAUUUCUGGGAGGAGCGGGGUCAUUUUUCUUUUAUUUCCGUUUUCUUUUUCUUCUUUUUUUUUUAAUAUUUUCUUUUUUUUUUUCUCAUCCUCUCAUUCCCUUCCCCCACCCCCCAUUUCCCUUUUUCCUUUUCUUUAUUUCACCUUUUUGCAUCCUUUUUGUUUUGUUUUGUUAUUUUUUUUUUUAAAUCUCUUCCGUUCCCUUCAUUAUUUUUUUCCUCCCUUUUCCCAAUUUUGGCUCCUUUGUUCCCCCAAUGUUUUUCCCUCCUGACAUUUUCUGAGGUGACUUCAUCCCUCCCCCCAACAUUUCCCAGGAUUUCACCCCAAAACUCACCCCCCUCCCCCUCCUGGCACUGAAGUUGCCAAAUUUCCCUCCCCCCCCUCCUUUUUUUGGGGGGGGAGAAUUCCGGGGCGAUUUUGGGACUUUUUUUUGGUUUUUUUUUUUUGUUUGUUUGUUUUUUUUUUUUUGUUUUUCCAUUUUUUGAGGGAUUUUUCCCCACUUUAAUUUUUAUUCCUUUUCCUCCCAUUUUUAUCCCCACCCCUCUCUCCCCCCACCCCAAGAUGCUCCCGGCCCUUCCCCCACCCCCACGAGGCCUUACCCCUCCCCCACCACCCCAAAAUGGGGCAAAAAUCCCUGGAUUUGGGGAUUCCUCCCCACCCCUCCCCCACUGGCACAAAAUGGGGCAAAACCCCCCCAAAUUUUGGGGUUUUCUCCUGGCUCCCCCCCCCCAGGGCUGGUUUGGGGUUUGGUGGUGGGGGAGGGGUUGAGAUUGGAUUUUUUUGGGGGGGGGCUGAGGAAAAAAAAAAAAUCCUCUUUUGGCCCCAAAACGCCACUGGGGGAGGGGCUUGGGGACCCCUCAAAAUUCCCCAAAUCCCUCCAAAAAAAUCCCAAAUUUUCCCCCUCCCCGGGUCCCGUGGACUGAAUGUGCCUGUUUUUCUAAAAAAAAAACCAAAAAAAAAAACCACAAAAAACACCCAAAAAAAACAAAAACAAACAAAAAAAAGACUUUAAAGCACCUACCUCCGACUGCCCCUCCCCCCCCCUCCACCCCCAAAUUCCCCCCGGACCCCCCCCCCAAGAGGAGCCCCCGGGAUGGGCCCCAAAAAGGGCAGAAAUCACCCAAAAAAAUGGGAAAAACAACCCAAAAAUUGGCAAAAUAGCCCCAAACCCGGCCAAUAUAACCCCAAAACUGGCCAAAAAUAACGCCAGAAAUGACCAAAAUAACCCAAAAAUGGAAUAAUCCCAAAAAUAAUGAAAUAGCCCAAAGUUGCCCCAAAAAUUGACCAAAAUAAUGCAAAAAAAAAAAAAAAAAAAAGCCUGAAAUAUCUCCAAAAUUACCAAAGUACCCCCAAAAUGACUGAAAUAAUGUUGAAAUAAACCCCAAAAUUCACCAAAUAGCCCCAAAUUACUGAAAUGACCCCAAAAUGACUGAAAUCAUCCAAAAUUAUUCAAACAGCGACAAAAAAAAAAAAAAGACCAAAAUAACCCUAAAAGCACUGAAAUAACCCAAAAUAAAACCCUGAAUGACUCAAAUAGCCCUAAAAUAACCAAAUAACCCCAAAACGACGAAAGCAAACCCCAAAAUCAUUGUUAAAAUCUCAAAUGUCCCGAAAUUUUAACUUCAAAUUGAUGGAAAUAACCCCGAAAAUCGUGGAAAUUACCCCGAAAUGAUCGAAAUACCCCAAAACCGACCAAAAUAACCCCAAAAUGACUGAAAAAACGACCCCAACGUUCCCCAAAUGGACCCAAAUCUCCGCGGGAAUUCCGGAUCCGAGGCCUCAUCCCGCUGGUUUCUCUCUUCCCUUUCCCGAGCGCGAUUUUGGGGGGAAUUCACGGAGUUUUGGUUCCAAAUGGGAUUGAUUUUUUUUUUUUUUUUUUUGCCCUCCCCCCCCCCCCAAUCCUCCCCCGUUCUCGUGGGGUCACGGGAAUGUCCCAAAAUUGGGGAGAUUUAUCCCAAAUUCCCCUGGGCGAAGCUUCACGGUUGUGUCUUAUCUGGGAAAGAGCGAAACGACACCGAAACGGCUCAAAUUUUCGUAAU